UUUUUAGCCCUGAACCGCCUCAAACCAGUAUCAUCCAUAGGGAAGCAUUACGCUUUCCCGCUCUUGUCUUAUUCCACCGAUGCACCUAAAGAUGGUAAAGCGAGUGGACCAGAGCAUCGGCCAGGAGGAGGAAGGGGAAGGAAAGACUGGAAGAGUCGAUUAUUACAGGGAGACGUACCUUGGGACAAUAAGGAUUUCCGCUAUAUUUUGAUCACAAUGGGAGGCGUUGCGUCCGUCCUGCUGUUCCUCUACCUCAGAAAUCCAGACCGAGAGAUUACCUGGAAGGAUUUUGUCCAUCGCUACCUGGACAGAGGACUGGUUGACCAGUUAGAGGUGGUGAACAAACAGUUUGUGAGGGUCAUCCUGGUCCCCGGGGCUGACAGCUCUGAAGCAAGCUACGUGUGGUUUAACAUCGGCAGUGUGGACACGUUUGAGAGGAAUCUGGAAGCUGCUCACUAUGAGCUGGGUCUGGAGCCGUCCCAUAGAGCAGCAGUGGUCUACACCUCCGAAAGUGACGGGUCUUUUCUGAUGAGUUUCAUUCCCACCCUGCUUUUAAUUGGCUUCUUGCUUUUAACUCUGCGACGUGGGCCAAUGGGAGGAGGGAUGGGCGGAGGAAGGGGCGGGCCCUUCAGCAUGAGCGAAUCAACCGCCAAGAUGAUGAAGGACAAUAUAGACAUCAAGUUCAAGGAUGUGGCUGGAUGCGAAGAAGCCAAGGUGGAGAUCAUGGAGUUUGUCAAUUUCCUAAAGAGCCCACGACAAUACCAGGAUUUGGGUACUAAGAUCCCUAAGGGUGCUGUGCUGUCAGGUCCUCCGGGAACAGGUAAAACACUGCUCGCUAAAGCUACUGCCGGAGAGGCAAACGUUCCCUUCAUUACAGUCAACGGUUCAGAGUUUCUGGAGAUGUUUGUUGGAGUUUGUCCAGCCAGAGUGAGAGACAUGUUUGCUAUGGCAAGGAAGAAUGCCCCAUGCAUCCUCUUUAUUGAUGAGAUUGAUGCUGUGGGGAGGAAAAGGGGUGGAGGGAAUUUCGGUGGGCAGAGUGAACAGGAAAACACACUUAAUCAGCUAUUGGUGGAAAUGGACGGUUUCAAUACAAGUACAAAUGUUGUAGUUCUGGCUGGUACGAACAGGCCGGAUGUCUUUGACCCUGCAUUGAUGCGACCAGGGAGGUUUGACAGACAGAUUUACUUGGGACCUCCUGAUAUUAAGGGUCGAGCAUCCAUAUUCAAAGUGCAUCUCCGACCACUCAAACUGGACCCAAAUCUGGGCCGUGAUGCCAUUGCAAGGAGGAUGGCAGGUGCUACACCUGGGUUCACUGGUGCUGAUAUUGCAAAUGUCUGUAAUGAAGCAGCUCUCAUUGCUGCUAGCCAUCUGAAUGAAUUCAUCAAUGUUAAGCACUUUGAGCAGGCCAUCGACAGAGUCAUCGGAGGUCUGGAGAAGAAGACUCAGGUUUUACAACCCACUGAGAAAAAGACUGUAGCCUAUCAUGAAGCAGGGCAUGCUGUAGUGGGCUGGUUUCUUCAACAUGCUGACCCAUUGCUCAAGGUUUCCAUAAUUCCAAGAGGGAAAGGCUUGGGCUAUGCACAGUAUCUUCCAAAAGAGCAGUAUUUAUAUACACGGGAACAGCUAUUCGACAGGAUGUGCAUGAUGCUUGGUGGGCGUGUGGCAGAGCGGGUGUUUUUUGGCAGGAUCACGACUGGGGCUCAUGACGACCUUAAGAAGGUCACACAGUCAGCAUAUGCUCAGAUUGUUCAGUUCGGCAUGAGCGAGAAAGUGGGGCAGGUGUCAUUUGAUCUGCCCCGGCAGGGUGAGAUGGUUCUGGAGAAGCCCUACAGCGAGGCUACGGCAGAACUCAUUGAUGCGGAGGUCAGAGAUCUGGUCGACCGGGCCUUCAAGAGAACACUGGAACUCAUCACUGAGAAACACGAGCAGGUGGAAAUGGUUGGCAAGCGCUUGCUGGAAAAAGAAGUUCUAGACAAAGCUGAUAUGAUAGAGUUGCUGGGGCCCAGGCCAUUUGAGGAGAAGUCCACAUAUGAGGAGUUUGUGGAGGGCACUGGAAGCUUUGAGGAAGAUACAAGUCUUCCAGAAGGGUUGAAGGACUGGAACCAAGAGAGAGGAGAAACCCAGGAAGAACCUUCAGCUUCACAGGAAAAACAGGCUGCUUGA